UGCAGAGUUGUGUGUGUGUGUGUGUGUGCAUGCGCACGCAGGGAGAUAUCGCUGAAAUAAAGAACAGGAAGAGAAGAUAGUGUGGCUUUCUCUUACACAAUUUUUGGCUCUCCCGCUGCGCAGCAAGUUUCUCUCCUGUCCCCAGUCAAAGUUCCCGCUCAUGGGCGAAGUGAAGGGCAAGUCUGGGCCCUUUGGUCGGAGGCCAGACAACUCAGCUUUCAAACAGCAGAGGCUACCUGCUUGGUCUCCUAUGCUGACAGCUAACACUGUGCUGCCUUUCUUCUACUUUAUGGCUCUGAUAUGUAUGCUGCUGGGAGUAUGGCUGCUUCUUACGGUACAGAGCAUACAGGAACUGAAGCUGGACUACACUGAGGCCGGGACAUGUAAUAAAUGUUUUGAAAUGCGCGGAAAUGCGAGCAACGCUUUAAAGAGCUGCACCUGCACAGUGGUAUUUUCAAUUCAGAAACCAUUCAAGGGAGAUGUCUUUUUCUACUACGGCCUCCAAAACUUUCAUCAGAACCUCCGUAGAUACAUGGACUCCAGAGAUGAUGGACAGAUGGUUGGCCGGAAGAAAAACUUAAAGAACCCCAGCUCAUAUUGCAAGCCGUUCGCAGCAGACGAGAAUGGACUCCCCAUUGCCCCCUGCGGCGCCGUGGCCAACAGUAUGUUCAAUGACUCCUUCACUCUGACCUAUCAUGGAUCCAGUGGUCAUUCAGACAAGGUUCCUCUGUUACGGAGAGGCAUCACCUGGUACACCGACAAAAAUGUCAAGUUCCGCAACCCUAAGAUAGACAACUUGACACUGCCUCAAGUGUUUGAAGGCACAGCAAAGCCACUAUACUGGCAGAAGCCAGCGUACGAGCUUGAUCCCAGCGAACCGACCAACAACGGCUUCAUCAAUGAUGACCUGAUUGUAUGGAUGAGGGAGGCAGCCUUCCCCAACUUCAAGAAGCUCUAUGGGAUUUUAUACCGAGCCAAAAAGCCCUUCACUCAGGGGCUUCCUGCAGGGAGUUACAGCAUCGACAUAUCUUACAACUUCCCUGUGCAGUAUUUCCAGGGCAGGAAGGAAGUGGUGCUGACCACGCUGACCUGGUUUGGAGGUCAGAACCAUUUCCUGCCCAUUGCUUACCUAGUAACAAGCAGCCUGAUCCUACUGAUAGCUGUCAUCCUCACGGUGGUCUGGUGGAAGUUCGGAAAGAACGGAAAGAACAUGGAGGAAUGAAGGGUAAGAGGUGUGCUGGGAUGCUGAGGAGUAAAAUGGUGAAUAGAACUCAGCUGAGAAUAGAUCAUUGUUUUGCUGCUUGAGUGGCAAGAACAUUGAUGUGAGCAAAUAAAGGAUAAGGAGAGUGGUUAUAUAUAAAAAAAAAAAAAAAAAAAAAAGAAUGUUAAUUUGGUACAACACCAUAGCAGCAUUUGCAGGAAAACCAAUGAAGAAUUUAGUCUGACAUCUGGAAAUGACUUUCCCUAUCAGCUAAAUGAUCCACAUGUGUGAGGGCAUGAUGUUGUUCUGAGCAACCACUUGUGAAAGCUGGAUGCGUUAGCACAGCAUUCAAGCUUUCUUUACUUGCCGCACUUUUGCAUUUUUUU